AUGUGGCAUAAUUCGAAAUCACUUUACAAGACAUAUGUAACAAAAUGGAGCAACUAUGUUUUUUAUAAUCGUCAAAGAGUAAGACACAAUAGUUCAAAAUCCACAAUGGUAACAAAUGAAGAUGUUGACGAUCCACUUCCUAAAGAAGCAAAGGUUGUUAUAUGUGGUGGUGGAGUUAUGGGUGGUGCAGUUGCUUAUCAUCUUUCACUUAUGGGACUAGGUGAUCAAACUGUUAUUAUAGAAAGUGGCAGACUUGGAGGUGGAACAACAUGGCAUACUUCAGGAUUAGUUGGAGCAUUUAAGCCAAGUUUGGCACAGGUGAAGCUUGCACAGGAUAGUAUAGCAUUGUAUAAGGAAUUGGAAGAGAAAGGUUUACCAACAGGCUGGAAACAAUGUGGUAGUCUUUCCUUGGCACGUACAAGGGAUCGUAUGACUGUCUUCAGGCGUAUGAAAGCACAGUCUAUAUCACGUAACAUUGAAUGCCAUUUGGUCACACCGAAGCAAGUACAGGAGAUAUGCCCCCUAUUACGAGUGGAUGAUUUAAUUGGUGGAUUAUGGAUUCCACAUGAUGGUGUAGGAGAUCCAUAUCAGAUUUGCUUAACAUUAAUAGGAGAGGCAAAAAAGAAAGGUGUUAAAGUAUUUGAGGAUUGUAAAGUCACCAAAGUAGUCACUCAAAAUGGUAGAAUUGAAGCUGUUGAAACAACGAGUGGUGUUAUUGAAUGCGAACAUUUUGUUAAUUGUGCUGGAUUUUGGGCACGUAAUGUUGGUAAAUUAAGUGAACCGUAUGUAAAGGUACCUCUUCAUCCUGUGGAACACUAUUAUUUACACACAAAACCUAUUGACGGUUUAAAUCCUAUGACUCCAGUGAUAAGAGAUUUAGAUGGUUAUAUUUAUUUUCGGGAAAAUAAUGGAAGGCUGUUGGCUGGUGGUUUUGAACCAGUUGCAAAGCCAGCAUUCGAAGAUGGAACAAUACCUGGAAGCACGAGGGAAAGAUUUUUACCAGAAGAUUGGGACCAUUUUCAUAUUUUACUUGAACAAAUGUUAUAUAGAAUUCCAGAUUUAGGGAAUGCAAUUUUGGAAAGAUUGUGUAAUGGUCCUGAAGCAUUUUCUCCGGACUGUAAGUGGAUAGUGGGCGAAGCACCAGAAAUACGUAAUUAUUAUAUUGCUGCUGGUAUGAAAACUGUGGGUAUAUCAGCAGCUAGUGGAGUUGGACGAGCUACAGCAGAGUUAAUAGUCAAUGGUUCGACGUCUCUAGAUAUGUAUGAAUUAGAUGUAUCGCGAUUUUUAGGUCUUCAUAACAAUCGCAAAUUUUUACGCGAUCGGGUAAAAGAAGUUCCUGGUAUGCAUUAUGCAUUACAAUAUCCGCAUCAUGAAUUUAAAACAGGUAGAAAUCUAAGAAUGUCACCCAUUUAUCCAAAAUUGAAAGAAGCCGGAGCGAUUUUCGGCCAGGUAAUGGGAUAUGAACGGCCAACCUGGUUUCAGUUAGAUGAUGAAAAGGAUUUGGAAGCAAUUGAUGGAUUUCAAAGGUAUAAGAUAGCAUAUACAAACACAUUUAGUAAGCCACCAUGGUUUGAAGCAGUGUCUAGUGAAUAUGCUGCAUGCCGUGAAACAGUUGGGCUUAGCGAUUAUUCUUCCUUCACUAAAAUUGAUUUAUGGUCGAAUAAUCUGGAAGUGGUAGAGCUAUUGCAAUACUUGUGUUCAAACGAUGUGGAUGUACCCGUUGGAAGUAUUAUUCAUACCGGUAUGCAAAAUCAUCGUGGAGGCUAUGAAAAUGAUUGCAGUUUAGCACGUAUAGCUUUAAAUCACUACAUGAUGAUCGCUCCCACUAUCCAACAAACUCGCUGUAAACAUUGGAUUAAUCGUCAUUUACCUGCAGAUGGUUCAGUUGCAGUGUCUGAUGUAACGUCUGCAUACACAGCGAUUUGUAUAAUGGGUCCUGCAACUAGACAGUUACUUUCAGAAUUGAUGCAUUGUACACUAUUUAUUUGAAAGGAAUUAGACGUUGGUCUUGCUAAUGGAAUACGCACAAUGAAUCUGACUCAUACUGGAGAGCUAGGCUAUGUUUUAUAUAUCCCAAAUGAAUUUGCACUACAUGUUUAUACACGAUUAGUAGACGCUGGAGCUAAGUACGGAUUAAAACAUGCCGGUUAUUAUGCAACACGAGCAUUACGAGUAGAAAAAUUCUACGCAUUUUGGGGCCAAGAUUUGGAUACAUUUACAACACCUCUAGAGUGUGGAAGAACCUGGAGAGUAAAACUUGAUAAAGGGGUAAAUUUUAUUGGGAGAGAUGCGCUUUUGAAACAAAGAGAAGAAGGUGUAAAGCGCAAGUAUGUACAGUUAUUAUUAAACGAUCAUGAUCCUGAAUUUGAUACGUGGUGUUGGGGUAGUGAACCUAUCUUUAGAAACGGAAAAUACUGCGGAAUGACAACUACUACGGGUUACGGAUUUACAUUUAGGAAACAGGUUUGUCUUGGAUUUAUACAAAACUUCGAUUUGCAAUGGCGACCCCAAGAAGUAACAAACGAAUACGUAUUAUCAGGAGAUUAUGAAGUAGAUGUGGCAGGUAUAAAGUUCCCAGCAAAAUGUCACUUACAUAGUCCAAAUUUGCCAACCAAGUUCCCUGAUAAAGAGAGAGACUCUUAUCAUGCAACUCGUGAUCAACAAGUUGUAUAAUUUCGAUAAUACAAACUUUCAAUUUUGUACAAAUAAUGUAUAUAGAAAUUUUUUUUAA